CGCGCUCGAUUUGCCGUACAGAUUUGUUGAUUUAGCUGCACCAUUAUCACGGCCACGUUUUUUGAAAUGUAAUGUUUUUUUGUCUUGUUAUUUGAAGACUGAUUACAAUUCUUUAUUUCCUAAUAAUGAUCAUGUACGUGCUUCGCAUAAGGCCGAGAUUCGCGCAGUUGCUAUGGUAAACAGAUGACGCUUCGUCACGGGAACUGAAACGUUAGUACGUUUUGUCUACAUUAGACUAAACCAGUCAUUCAUAUUUUGCUCUUCGCAGAAGUAAUAGAAGAAUUCGUUUUUGUUAUUUAUUCAGAAGUUUAAACUAUUUGCCUUUUUGCUUGCUGUUUGUUUAUCAAUGCAUUCGCAUGGACAGCAGCCACGUUGUGACGUGAUUGGGGGGUUAUAUUUUUUGUGAAAUUGUUAAUAAUGGCUUUUUACGAGGCUUACUCUCAUCCCGCUUUAGUAAGAUACAAAACAAAUAUUUGCACGAGAGCAACACUUUUUGUGAUGGUCGUUUUAUGCCUCACGUACAUUUCACCUCUUCUCGUGGCUUACAGAAGUCAAGGCUUCUGGCUGAAGAGAAGCACAUAUGAAGAGCAGCCCGUCGUUCAGUUUCAGUAUGACAUGAUCCUGAUAGGAGCAACAAACACAGCAGGGAAUUAUGUGGCAUGGAGCACAUUUCCUAACUUUAAUCGACUAGUCGGAGAUAAUUUGCGCAUACCUUCGGUAUCUGUUCAGGAGGAGGACAGAAACCAGGAUGGGAAAUCAGAUUUUCUUAAUCUCCAGAUUAACAUCCCGCUUAAACCAGAAGAGCAGAUGUUUACCAUCCAGCUGCUGCUCACGUUCACAUAUCAGCUGUUUGUGUGUAUCCAGUGCAUUCAUAUACAGUAUACAACAAUUUGCCUGUCUGUGUUCUGCAAUAUAUGCAUCUGUCUGUUUAUCCAUCUAUCUAUCUUUCUAGAGGAUGUCUACCGUUGCAAUGCAGACCCUUGCAUUUGUUCAGCAUUCCUCAUCUGUGCCAGGUUCUCAGCUGUUCAUCAGUGCAGAUCUAAGGCUUCACCAGCGAACUCCUCUUCCUCACCGAGGGGUACAUGCUGUCUACAACGUGGGUGUCUAUGA